AUGAAUUGGGAAGAUUUAAAGAAAAAUAAGGUCUUCAGAAUAUUUUAUGAAAUAUGGAGGUUUCUUGUUAAGCAAUGGUUUUUUGUAUUCUUAGGUGUCUUCAUUGGACUUGCAUAUCGCUUUCCACAGUUUGCUAAACAGGGAGGAAUGAUAAAAGCAGAGUAUAGUAUUGAAUAUGGUGCUGUAGCAGUGAUAUUCUUGAUUAGUGGUCUUUCAAUGCCUUCCAAAGAGCUAUUUGCGAAUAUUUUACACUGGAGAGCACAUUUCACAGUCCUUUCUAUGUCAUUUCUCAUCACGAGUUCCAUAAUAUAUGGAAUUGUAUGCGGAAUCAAAGCUUCAAAGAACACGAACAUAAACGACUGGGCAUUGGUUGGUAUGAUAGUUACUUUUUGCUGUCCCACCACAGUGUCAUCUAAUGUCGUUAUGACGAAACAGGCAGACGGAAAUGACGUUUUGACAUUAUGCGAGGUCUUUUUAGGGAAUGUUUUAGGUGCUUUCAUUACUCCGGCCUUAGUACAGAUGUAUGCGAGGGGAGAAUGGGAGUUCGGAAACCCUACUCAUCAGGCGGAUGGAGACGGUAACGUUAAAGAUUUGUACCGACAGGUGAUGAAGCAACUUGGUUUAUCUGUUUUUGUCCCCUUGUUUGUUGGUCAGGUGGCUCAAAAUGUAUUUCCCAAAUUUGUUAAGAAAUUUGUAUCAAUGUUCAAACUUGGGAAAAUCGGUUCCUUCAUGUUGUUAUUGAUUAUGUAUCAAUCAUUUUCAACAGCAUUUGCUCAAAAUGCUUUCGAGGACGUUUCUCAUGCCACUAUUAUAUUUAUUGUGUUUUUCAAUAUUGGCAUUUAUUUAUUUUUUACAGUUCUUUGCUAUGCAUACUCCAGGCCAAUUUUCAUUAAAAGAGCAUUUGAAAUACCUCCUGAUGAGAACUCUACAAUGUUAUACAAGUUCGGAUAUAAUAAUUUGAGGAGUUUUUAUUACAACAAAAGAGAUACAGUUGCGGUCAUGCUCUGUGGACCUGCCAAAACAGCAGCUUUGGGAGUUUCUUUAAUUUCUUCUCAAUACGGAUCAAACAAUCCAAAGCUAGGUAUCCUUUUGGUACCUCUUGUUUUAUUUCAGGCUGAACAGGUGGUCACAGCUCAGGUUUUAGUCGUUUUUAUGAAGAAAUGGGUACAUCUGGAUGAUCCCAAAUCUGAUGAAGAAGCACCUGAUGAAGCUAGUGCUGGAUCAAAUAAUGCAGAUAACGAAGAAUACGAUAAUGACUACGAUGACGAUGGAUUUGCACCAGCACAUUCAGAUGAGGAUGAAAGUCUGACCACUGCUGGACUGAUUACUGCUGGCAUCCGCAAAGCAGAAAAUAUUUUCCGUCUGAUCUCGUCUUCGUCGGAACCCACUAAAACUCAACCUGAUUAG